UUUCUUUUUUCGUUCUACUUGAUUAUUGUUGGGAAAAGCUCCGUGGCCGAAAACUUUGGGGGAAAAUGGGAAAAGUAAUAAGCGUAAAGACGUUAACCGUGCAUCCGCUGGCGAGAUAAGGGGAGACAGCGAAAAGGUUUUGCAUGUUUUCUCCCUGGAGCGGUUCUCAAACUGACAAUGGUGUCGAAGGAGGAAAACACGAAGAUGUUCUCGCAAUUCCAUUGAAAGCUAAUUUACUCAUGGAGAAAAGAGCAAGUCGGGAGUCAUGAGCACAGGUGUGAAGAAGCCUCCAUUAGCUCCCAAACCUAAACUCCCUGCCACCACCAAACCCUCUCCCCCACCCAUCGCCCCCAAACCGGGUCUUCCCUCCCCUCCAUCCGUCUCCCAACCCUCCCCAGCUACUCUCAAGAGGGCUAAACCGGCUGUUGCCCCCAAACCUUGCAUUCCCAAACCCUCUGCCUCGUCUCCCCCCGUUUCACCCCCGCCACCCAAGCCCAGCGACCCCUUCACCCUAACGCGGGAGCGGCAGGAAGCUUUGGGCGACGGCCUCUUACUCCUUAACUCCAAAAAUGGGAUUUUAUUGGAGGCAAACAAACGUAACUCGGAUUACAUAAUUCCGCCCUACUCCCGCGGGGCCCAGGAAGGCCCCCGGUGCCCGCGCCUGGAGAACGGAGACGCGCACGGAGAGCCGCUGCAGAAUGGGACUCCCGCGGGGGCGGGGCCGAGAGAGAGGGCGGGACCCCCCGAGGAGGCGGUCGCCGUAGAGAAGGGGGAAGGCGGGGGGACUGGCAAAAAGCCCAGGGACAAACCCCAAAGACAGAGGCACCUGGACCUGGGACGGGGGGGCGGGGAGGAGCAGGGCGCGCCGGAGACGGCGCGGCGUCGGGGAGGGGCCGCCGCCGAGCCCGACGCCGCGCAAGCGGACGCACGGACCUGUUCACCGGACUCCGCGGCGGCCCGUGAUGUUGCAGGCAGCAUCAUUGCGCCCCCGCCGAGCGUCCCUCCCCGCGAAUGUCCCGCGGGGUCCUUGCGGUUGGAAUGCGCCGGGCCCCUCAGCGAAGCAUCGUCCCCCCCCGGGCCUCACCCGGAUCUGCAGGUUCCCGCCGCCCCCAGUAAACCCCUCCCCGUCCCCCACCCGCGCAAACCUAAAAAGCCGGCCCUGGUGCGGCAGGACGGCGUGGAGCGCGGCGCCCGGGAUCAGCCGGCGGGGGAAUGGGAGCUCGAGGGGCGAGAGGACGAGGGCAACGCGGGAGGCGACGACCUCGCGCCCCCCCCGAAAGACUCCGGUUCGGGAGACGACGAGACCGGCGCACCGGUGCCCCCUCCCCGACAGACCUCCCUGUCGCCUCGCCUUCACAGACCGGCGAGGCACGUGCCCCCGCCUCUGAACAAAAACACCUCCCACUCCUUAGUCCUGCUCUCGCACGCCGACUCCAACAGCCACAAGAGGGGGGGGGCGGAGCAGCGCGUGGAGGAGGACGAGGAGGACGGGUACGGCGACUUCGAGCGCUACCCGAUAACUCACAGCCUCCCCAAGCAGAUCAAGCUCGGCUGUCACCCGCCGCUGGCUCACGCCAGGAAGGGCGCCCCCGCCGAGGACCAGCGGGCGCCGCGGGCGCCGCCCAGGAAACCCCAGCGACACAGCCUGCCGACGCCGCCCCCGCCCUCCGCCUGCCCCCCCGCACCGCCGCACGCCAACACCCCGAUGAGGGAGCUGCCCGCGCCCCCUCAGGAGAAGGCCGCCUGGCGCUUCUCCCGACCCUCCGUGACCUUCUUCAGCCGGCAGGCGCCCUCCAGGAGCAGCGUGCCGCCAAAGGGCCGGGCCCCGGCGCUGGGGGGCAAGCAGCGGGCGCAGUCCUUCUCCGCGGCCGACCUGGUGACGCGGGCCGACUCCCAGAAGAGGAGCCUCUCCUUCAGGAAGCUGCUGGAGCUCCGGCUGUCCGUCAAGAUGCUGCCAAAGCUGCUGGCCAAGGGUAGCCAGUCCCUGGACGGCACCGGCGUGGACUCCGGCCCGGGGGGGAGGAGCCUGCAGCGGCCCAGUAGCUGCGUGGUGGAGGCGGACAUUCGCAGCGAGUACGGCGAGGAGCCGGUGGAGUACGAGAACGUCCCCCUGUACGAGGAGAUCCCCGAGUACAUGAACCUGCCGUUUCACGGCGCCAGGCCGGGCUGGUCACAUGACCCCGACGGAGAGGAUUCGGACAUCUACGAAGUGCAGGAUCCGUACCACAGGGGCUACGAGCACGAGUACGAGAGCGGCUGGCUGGGGCAGGACGUCCACUCCGAGGAGGAGGAGGAGAUCCACAGCUCAGAUGAAGAGGACGACAGCUCCACCUCCAGCAAGGAGCACCUGGAUGUGGCAGACCGACAGCAGGAGGACGAGGUGAAGAGGAAGAAGGUGGUGCACAUCGCGCAGGAGAUCAUGAGCUCCGAGAAAGUCUUUGUGGACGUCCUGAAACUUCUUCACAUAGACUUUCGGGAUGCUGUUGCCAAGGCGACCCGUCAGAAUGGGAAAGCGGUGGUGGACGAUCGCAUCCUCAGCCAGAUCCUGUACUACCUGCCACAGCUGUACCAGCUCAACAGAGACCUGCUGAGGGAGCUGGAGGAGCGGGUGGCACACUGGACGGAUCACCAGAGACUGUCGGACAUCUUCGUCCAGAAGGGUCCUUACCUGAAGAUGUACUCCACCUACAUCCGCCAGUUUGACAACAACGUGGCUCUGUUAGACGAGCAGUGCCGGAAAAACGCUGCGUUCGCCGCUGUCGUCCGAGAGUUUGAGAUGAGUCCACGAUGUGCCAGUCUGGCUCUGAAACACUACCUGCUGAAACCCGUGCAGAGGAUCCCUCAGUACCAGCUGCUGCUCACAGAUUAUCUGAAGAACCUUCCAGAGGACUCAGAGGACUACAAAGACACACAAGCGGCCCUCGGCGUCGUCAAAGAAGUGGCCAACCACGCCAAUGACAUCAUGAAACAAGGGGAUAACUUCCAGAAGCUGAUGCAGAUUCAGUACAGCCUCAACGGACAGCAUGAGAUCGUUCAGCCGGGACGGGUGUUUCUGAAGGAGGGCACUCUGAUGAAGCUGUCCAGGAAAGUCAUGCAGCCUCGCAUGUUCUUUCUGUUCAACGACGCACUCAUGUACACCACUCCGGUCCAGUCAAGCCAGUACAAACUCAUCAGUGUCCUCUCUCUGGCUGGGAUGAAGGUGAGUAAACCGAGCCAGGAGGCCUAUCAGAACGAGCUGAACAUCGAAAGCGUGGAGCGCUCCUUCAUCCUGUCGGCCGGCUCGGCUACGGAGAGGGACGAGUGGCUGGAGGCCAUCGCCAAGGCCAUCGACGACUACACCAAGAAGAAGAUCACCUUCACGUCGAGUCGAAGUCAGGAGGAGGCGGAGGGCGUGGUGGACACGGGGGCCCCGCUGGGUUCUAAGGCUCCCAUCUGGAUCCCGGACCUGAGGGCCACCAUGUGCAUGAUCUGCACCUGUGAGUUCACCCUCACCUGGAGGAGGCAUCACUGCCGCGCCUGUGGAAGGGUGGUGUGUCAGGCGUGCUCCGCCAAUAAGUACUACCUGGAGUACUUGAAGAACCAACCGGCACGAGUGUGUGACCACUGCUUUGCCAAACUGCAGGAGAAUAGUGACCGCUGUGCUUCAACGUCUGUUUCUCCCAUCAAACCUGGAGCUUUCUCCUUCACCAGAAAACAGAAGAAGAUUCCCGCUGCACUAAAAGAGGUGUCCGCCAACACCGAGAACUCCUCCAUGAGCGGCUACCUGAACCGCUCGAAAGGCAACAAGAAGCAGUGGAAGCGGCUGUGGUUCGUCAUCAAGAACAAAGUCCUGUACACCUACGCUGCCAGCGAGGAUGUCGCAGCGUUGGAGAGUCAGCCUCUGCUGGGCUUCUUCCUGAGGGAGGAGAAGAACGGCCCGGCCCAGAAGAUGCAGUUCAAGCUGUACCACAAGAACACGCUGUUUUACAUCUUCAAAGCCGACGACAUCCCCACCGCUCAGAGAUGGAUCGAAGCCUUCCAAGAGGCGAUGAUUCUUGAACAGUAACGUCCGCUCUGCAGCAGGGAAGUCACAGCGCGGCAACCCGGAGACAACUCACAACCCCGGGCUGAUCUCAGGUCAGGGGUCACCAGCUCAGGAAGGACUCUGGAAGGGUUGUUUACUUCAGACACAAAAGAAUACACACACACACACACACACACUGCGUAACCCUCAAAGAACUGUAUUUGGUUUCUCUCAAACACCAACCGUAGCUGCUGAGGCUCGGCAGACGUCGGAGGGAAUCGUUUUUGUUGCAGCUGCGGGUCAAAGGUCAAGUCCAGAAGCGUGUCCGUGGAAGUGAGACAGAACAGGUGUCAGGAAUAUUUUAAGCCCUCGGAUUUCCCGAGGAAUUUUUUUCGAAUAAUCUUAACUGCAAACGGAUGAAGGAAUUACUUUUUGUGGGAAACACAAAACUGCCCGCCUUCAUUUGAUCGAGUUGAAAUUUGCUAGUUUAUAAGCUGCUGUCAUAUCCAUGUUGAGGCAAAAUCUUAAGAUAGAAAUUAAAAAAUAAAUACACACAGAAUACAUAUUCUAACUUCAAGAUUUGUUACCUGAAUGACAAUGUUGUUUAAGAGUUUAAUGGUAUAACGAGGUGGGAUUUUACUGUGAAAAUCCGGCAGCGAAACAGGAAGUUGCUCUCAAGGUUGAUCUCUCUGGUUAAGAGAUUCUACUGGGUUUUUUGAUUUUACAUACAAAACAUUUUAAUAAUGGGUUGAAGCAACAACAUCCUGGAGAAAACUGGAAUUGUCAUGAAUAAUGUAGAUAUUUUUCAGUCAGUUUAAAAACAAUAUUUUGCCAUUUAAGCCCCAUUAGACAUGUUUGAUGGGUAAAACAGAAGGACAUAAAAGAGCAUCAUUGACAUUUUUUAUAUCAAAGCCGAGAGCUAAUAUUUAUGAAAUAGGAAGAUUUAUUGUUUUAAAGGCACAGGCUGCUGCUUAUUUUGGGAGAUGUUUUUUUUAAAGGAAAUAUGUUUCCAUCAGUUAUGUUUUUUUAAUUUGAAAGAAAAAUUCUUAACAGAUGAAAAGCAUUUUUUUUAUAAUGUACAAAGUAUGCACAAACUAUAUUUCUAAGGAAAUGCUCAAAGGAAAGAAAUUAUUUGGGAUUUUGAUGCUUGUUUAUGCAGACGUUGUGUCUUAUAUCUCCUGUUUAGAGAUGAAUUGCAAAAAUAUCGGUGCUUUGUCUGACACUAAAUAAGGACGUGCAUCCAGUUUGCUUGACUACUCACUUUCUAGCCAGGGUACUCCAGGUUGGUAGCUUUAAAACCAUCUUUCAGGUCUGUUUCCUCUCGAUUAGGUUGCUGUUUGUUGCCAUUCCAAGGUUUGGUAAAUGUUACAUCGGGGGAAACAGAAAUCCUGCCUUUCAUUUAGUGAAGGAAUAGAAAUAGGUCAAUUCUGCUUUAGAGCUAUUUGGAUGCUGUCGUCUUGAGACUUCAGAUUUGUGUUAGUGGGGUGUAAAUCUAGUAGUGGGGGGGGGGGGGGGGCGACCGAGCAUACGUAGCUUCAUGAUUGUUCAUUAACUGACUGGUUGUAAAUCUCUGCUCUCUGAGUUGGAGACUUCUAUAAACAAUGAUUUAUAAGCUGUCAGGCAACAGUUUUUAAGUAAAUAAAAA